AUGUCCGCCACUUUUUCUCAGACAACAGGAAAUCUGAUUAAGACUUGUAUGGGAGUCGGUAUUCUCGCCCUCCCCAUUACGACUCUCCAUACUGGUUUUGUUAGCGCUACUCUCUUAGUUGCUCUAAUUGCCUUUUGGGUUUACUACUGCAUGAAACUGCUGAUCCAAGUGAACGAGGUUACCCUUCUGACUCUGCUUCCGUCGAACGAUGACCCCUACAAGAUUGUAGCCAGAAAGGGACUCGGCAAGUUCGGCGUCUUCCUCCUCAAUUUCUCUUUCAUCGUCACCCUGAUCGGUGUCGGUGCCGCGUACCAGAUUACCUUCAACCAGUUGCUGUCGGACCUCCAUUGGGAAGUCUUCAACUUCAAAUGGGGCAAGAACAUCCUCUUCUGGACGAUCGCCUUCGGCGUGUGCAUCUACCCGUUGGUUCUGCUGCGCACCAUGAGCGCGAUUUCGUUCGCCUCGCAGGCAGGCAAUUACAUUCUGCUCUUCGUGAUGGUCUGCGUGAUUCUCUACGGAAUCCUCCACAACAAGCCCAGCUUCGCCGUCGCCAUGCUCUGGCCCUCCGACUAUCUCGAGAUCGCCAACAUGUUCGGCGUGAUUUGCUUCUCCAUGGGCGUCGCCUUCGUCAGUCUCUCCUCCCGCGCCAGCAUGCAGAACCCUUCUCGCUUCGAGAACGCUCUCGUCGUCUCUCUCGUCAUCCCCGGCAUCGUCUACAUCCUCUUCGCCGUCUGCGGCGUCAUCUUCUACGCCAACGCCCCCGAAGGCAUCAAGGACCUGAUUCUGUCGAACAUCCCAUCGAGCUCCUGGUUCUACGUGAUCUCCGCGAUCGGCCUCUCGCUGGUGUGCUUCCUCUCCUACCCCAUCGCCGUCUACCCCGCUCUGAUCGCGCUGGAGGCCUGGAUCGACGGCGGAGAGAGCAAGGUGAUGGUGACGGACUGGCGGCGCGUGCUGCAGCGAUUGGGCGUGGUGGUGGUGACGUGUUUGCUCGCGUAUUUCAUCCCCAAUUUCAAAGCGGUGGUGUCUUUCAAUAUCCUUUGGAGCGGGCGCUGUGGAGAGAGCAGCGAUAGGAACAGAGAAAAAAAAGGGAGCCUUAAUCGAACUUGGAUGCUUCACGAUCUCGAUCGUGUCGUUUAUCUUGCCGCCCUUGCUGCACAUGAAGAUUCUGCCCAACCACAGCAAGGGAAGCUGGUAUGUCGAUUUAGUUCUGGUCGUGCUGGGCGUGCUCGUGAUGAUCGGAACCACGGCGAUGACGUGUCUCUCGGUGUUCCAUUCCUGUGUUUGAUCGAACAAACAAAGCAUUGGCGGUUGGGACAGCAGUCGCUUCGGUGUCCGCUUUGA